AUGGGAGUCGAACUGUCUCUUGAGCCGCCGGUCUGUCCGAUUCAAGCCAACGGCGGCACGUCGACGCACAAGGUCAUCAACCAUUGCGACAAGAUGUUGGCUUACAAGGUGAGCAGAAGUGCAUCCCCGGAUCGACCGGAACGGAUCCGUUCAGAUCAAAUCCUCGAACAACUCGAACUACAGCGUCAAUACCAUCUACGGCCUCAUCCAAAUCGGCUACACUGCCGAUCUGAUCAUCACGAGAAAGCCCGGAAAGCCGCAAGCGGACCGUCUCGUCAUCCAAUACGCUUCCGUCGAGCAGACUUGCCGCGAUCCGAAGGCCUCUUUUGCCACUGGGCACCCAGUUGGAGAGCUCUCUGGAGAGACCAUUAUCAAGUUAUCGGCUGCUGAAUAA